GUUUGCGAGCUUGGCUUUGUGACCCCACACUACGGUUCAUGACAGUUUCCAAAGGUGGCCUUGCAGGCAGGGUCUGCCUCCCUCCUCCUCCCUCCUCCUGCAGCCCCGGGUUCAGCACCGUGGACAGCUCCCAGCCUCCACCAGCAAACCGCCGCCCGCGGUCGGGCGCUCAGACGCAGGCAGGACAGCGAGGAGCUCGACGGCGCUCUGACCACAUGAACAACUGCAGUUUGGGAUAUUUUGUGUAUUUCUCGUCUGACCGACGGACGUGACAACAUUGAAGACUGUUGCUGAAGUCAGAAGCUGCAACAAUGAUCUCACGAUACAAACCGAGUCCCGGAUCCACCAUGUCCUUGGCUUUCUGUGGGAGUGAGAAUAACUCAUCUGCCUACAAUGUGGACGGAGGUGUUCUCAACAACGGCUGCUUCCUGGACGCGCUCAACGUGGUUCCACAUGUUUUUCUCCUCUUCAUCACCUUUCCCAUCCUCUUCAUUGGUUGGGGCAGCCAGAGUUCAAAAGUCCACAUCCAUCACAGUACCUGGCUUCACUUUCCUGGACACAACCUCCGCUGGCUCCUCACCUUCGUCCUGCUCUUCAUCCUGGUCUGUGAGAUAGCAGAAGGCAUUGUCUCUGACGGGUUCAGCCAAUCGCCCCAUCUUCACCUGUACAUGCCUGCAGCCCUGGCCUUCAUGGCCGGCAUCACAUCGAUUGUCUACUAUCACAACAUUGAAACCUCCAACUUCCCCAAACUGCUGUUAGCCCUGCUGAUCUACUGGGUGCUGGCUUUUAUCAUGAAGACCAUCAAGUUUGCAAAAUACACCGAGCACGGCAUCAGCCCCAGGCAGCUUCGCUACUGCAUCACUGGACUGCUGGUGCUGCUCUAUGGACUUCUACUGGCUGUGGAGAUCAACGUCAUCAUGGGCAGGCGCUACAUGUGUUUCGCCAAUCCAAGAGAAGUGAAGCCCCCCGAAGACCUCCAGGACCUUGGGGUUCGUUUCUUGCAGCCCUUCGUCAACUUGCUGUCUAAAGCUACCUACUGGUGGAUGAACACGUUCAUCACCUCUGCCCACAAGCGGCCCAUCGACCUGAAGGUCAUUGGCAAACUCCCCAUUGCUAUGCGGGCACUCACCAACUACAUAAAGCUCCGCCAGGAAUUUGAAGAGCAGAAGAAGCCUCAGGGUAUUGCUCCCCAAGGUCCAAAGUGGAUCUGGCUGGCUUUGAGGAAAGCCUUUGGCAGGCCUCUCAUCCUCAGCAUCACCUUCCGCUUCAUGGCAGACCUGCUUGGCUUUGCCGGGCCGCUUUGUAUCUCUGGCAUCGUUCACCACAUCAGCAAAGACAAUCGUACCAUCCAGCAACCGACGAAGCUCCUCGGCAUUUAUUUCAUUUCGUCCAAAGAAUUCCUGGAGAAUGCAUACGUGUUGGCAGUGCUGCUCUUCAUCGCCCUUCUCCUCCAGAGGACCUUCCUCCAGGUCUCCUACUAUGUGGCCAUUGAAACUGGAAUCAACUUGCGGGGAGCCAUACAGACAAAAAUCUACAAUAAAAUCAUGCGCCUGUGCACGUCCAACAUGUCCAUGGGAGAGCUAACUGUCGCUCAGAUCUGUAAUCUGGUUGCCAUAGAUACCAACCAGCUCAUGUGGUUCUUCUUCCUCCUUCCUAACCUAUGGGCCAUGCCAGUACAGAUAAUCCUGGGGGUGAUCCUUCUCUACUACCUCUUGGGAAUCAGUGCCUUGAUCGGAGCCACCGUCAUCGCAGUAUUAGCUCCUGUUCAAUACUUUGUGGCCACAAAGCUGUCACAAACACAAAAGAAUACCCUGGAAUACUCCAGCGAGCGCCUGAAAAAGACAAAUGAGCUGUUGCGUGGCAUCAAGCUGCUGAAGCUGUACGCCUGGGAGCACAUCUUCCGAGACAGCGUGGAGGAGACGAGGGGCAAGGAGCUCAACAGCCUUCAGGCCUUCGCCCUGUACACAUCAAUAUCCAUUUUCAUGAAUGCUGCUAUCCCAAUUGCAGCUGUGCUGACGACAUUUGUUGUUCACGUCCACAUUUCUGAAGAUGCAGACCUGUCCCCAGCUGUGGCCUUCGCCUCGCUGUCUCUCUUCCACAUCCUGGUCACCCCUCUGUUCCUCCUGUCCAGUGUGGUGCGCUCCACCGUCAAGGCCCUCAUGAGUGUCCAGAAGCUUAGUGAGUUUUUCUCCAGUGAUGAGAUUGGAGAUGAACAGGAACCCAAGGCCACCAUGUCCUCUGGCUGCAGCAACCACAACCAAAACAGAUACCAGGCAGUGUCAUCCUCUAAGCCUUUCCCUUCGUCGUCCUCCUCCUUUUUCUCCCGAUACCUCCAGCCACUCAAGGUAGUGAACCGGAAGCACCCUCCGAGGGACGAGUGGAACAACUACAGCUCACAGGGGGACCAGGAAAGUGACAGGCUGUCCCAGGAGAUGGGCCAAGACAUCUGCAUUAAGAUAACUAGUGGUUAUUUCACCUGGACUGACGGACCUCCAACACUGUCAAAUGUGGAUAUUAAGAUUCCCUUCGGGAAGCUGACGAUGAUCGUGGGUCAGGUAGGCUGUGGGAAGUCGUCUCUGCUGCUGGCAGCACUGGGAGAAAUGCAGAGAGUUUCUGGAACAGUCAUCUGGAACAGAUUCCCUGCCAUUGUAUCUGAAGGAGAUGAAAGUCCCACAGACAGAGAUGCAGCAGGGGACGAAGACAUCAGGAAGAGAGGCCCUGUGGCCUACGCUUCCCAGAAGCCCUGGCUGCUGAACACCUCUGUGGUGGAGAACAUCACCUUUGAGAUGCCCAUGAUAAAGUCCAGAUACAAAGCUGUCAUCGAGGCCUGCUCCCUUCAGCCAGACAUCGACAUCCUUCCACAGGGGGACCAGACAGAGAUUGGGGAGCGGGGCAUCAUCUUAUCAGGAGGACAGAAACAGAGAAUCAGCGUGGCUAGAGCCUUGUACCAGCAGACCAAUGUGGUCUUUCUGGAUGACCCAUUUUCUGCUUUAGACAUCCACCUGAGUGACCAUCUGAUGCAGGAUGGCAUCCUGAAGCUGCUGAGGGAGGAGAAAAGGACGGUGGUGCUGGUCACACACAAACUCCAGUACCUGCCACAUGCUGACUGGAUUAUUGCCAUGAAAGAUGGGACAAUCCAGACUGAAGGGACUCUGAAGGAUAUCCAGAACUCUGAUCCAGAACUCUUCAAACAGUGGAAAACCCUCAUGAACAGGCAGGAUCGGGAGUUUGAGACGGAGACAGUGGCUGAGAGCAUGACAAACAUGGAGAGGAAGAACCUGAGGAGGGCCAUGUACUCCAGAGAAACUCUGAGGACGGAGGAGGACGAGGAAGAUGAGUCCUUAGAAAGCGAAGAUGACGACAACCUGUCGCAGGUGAUGCGUCAGCGAGCCACCAUCCCCUGGCGCUCCUGCGGCACCUACCUGUCCUGUGCCGGCCUCCCCCUCCUCUCUCUGCUCCUCCUCUCACAACUCCUCAAGCACUCCCUCAUGGUCGCCAUUGACUACUGGCUGGCACACUGGACGUCACAUGUCAUCAUGGCCAAGCUGGAUGCCACGGCUCACAACUGUACCCUAGUUAAGGACUGUGGCUUCAGCCACUCGUGGUAUCUGUCCGUGUUCAGCGUGCUCUGUUGCCUUGGCAUCAUCCUCUGUCUGGCCACCUCUGUGACUGUGGAGUGGACGGGCCUGAAAGUGGCCAAGGGGCUGCACCACAACCUCCUUAACAAGAUCAUACUGGCCCCCAUGAGGCUGUUUGAGACCACUCCGCUCGGCAGCAUUCUCAACAGGUUUUCCACGGACACCAACACAAUCGACCAGCACAUCCCUACCACCCUGGAGUGUCUGUCCCGCUCCACCCUGCUGUGUCUGUCCGCCCUGGGGGUCAUCUCUUAUGUGACGCCCGUUUUCCUCAUUGCCCUUCUGCCGCUUGCAAUCACCUGCUAUUUCAUUCAGAAAUACUUCAGAGUUGCUUCCAGGGACCUGCAGCAGCUGGAAGAUGCAACCCAAUUGCCUUUACUCUCCCACUUCUCUGAGACAGUAGAGGGACUCACCACAAUACGGGCCCUAAGGUAUGAGCCAAGGUUCCGGCAGAGGCUGCUGCAGUACACCGACGCCAACAACAUCGCUUCGCUCUUCCUAACGGCUGCCAACCGUUGGCUGGAGGUCCGCAUGGAGUACGUUGGAGCCUGUGUGGUGCUGGUGGCGGCUGUAGCGUCAAUCACUAAUUCUCUUUACAACCAGCUACCCCCCGGCCUGGUGGGGCUGGGACUCACAUACGCUCUCAUGGUGUCUAACUACAUGAACUGGAUGGUGAGGAACUUGGCAGACAUGGAGGUGCAGCUUGGUUCCGUCAAGAGGAUUAAUGGCCUGCUCAAAAUUGAACCGGAGAAUUACGAGGGACUCCUCAGUGUCUCUCAGGUACCCGAGGGUUGGCCUCGACAAGGAGAAAUAAAGAUCCAGAAUCUGAGCGUCCGUUAUGACGCCACACUAAAACCUGUGCUCAAAAAUGUCAACGCACAUGUGCAUCCCGGUCAGAAGGUGGGGAUCUGUGGAAGAACUGGCAGCGGGAAAUCUUCUUUUUCCUUGGCCUUCUUCCGCAUGGUGGACAUGUUUGAGGGGAGGAUUGUGAUUGACAACAUCGACAUCUCCAAGCUGCCUCUGCAGACCCUCAGGUCUCGGCUGUCCAUCAUCCUUCAGGACCCCUUCCUGUUCAGCGGCACCAUCCGGUUCAACCUGGACCCAGAGAUGAAGGCGACGGAUGAGAUGUUAUGGGAAGCUCUGGAGAUCGCCCAGCUAAAGCCUGUUGUUAAAACCUUGCCAGGAGGUCUGGACGCCAUGGUGACAGAAGGCGGCGAGAACUUCAGUCAGGGUCAGAGACAACUUUUCUGCCUUGCCAGAGCUUUUGUGAGGAAGAGCAGCAUCCUCAUCAUGGACGAGGCCACAGCCUCCAUCGACAUGGCAACGGAGAGCAUCCUGCAGAAAGUGGUGAUGACUUCUUUUGCUGACCGGACAGUAGUGAUUAUAGCACAUCGAGUCCACACCAUCCUAAACGCCGACCUGGUGAUUGUGAUGAAGCGAGGGAUCAUCCUGGAGUACGACAGACCCGAGGCCCUGCUCAACCGGGAGGACAGCGUCUUCGCCUCCUUUGUGCGAGCAGACAAAUAGAGGAAGCGGCACGAGAAGAGAAAAGCCUUGGAAGCAUCAAAGGAAGACAUUCAAAGUGCAAUUGUACCAUGGAAUAAAUAUAUUCCUUUUAUUUUUUAAUCAUGCUGUAUUAUAUUUGUACAUAAACUAAUUGAUUCUUUGUUAA